AGCACUCAGCAACCGAGCAAUAGAUCAGGUCCUCAGGAGCUCCUCUUGAAGCUCUCACUCUCUCUGCUCAGUGCUUGUGGUCAGGCUACUUUGCUUAAAAUGGCAGGCAAGGCCUCGGUCGCGCUGUUCCUGGCCGUCAACCUGGUCGUGUUCGCCAUGGCCAGCGCCUGCGGUGGCGACUGCCCCACGCCGUCGACCCCGUCCACCCCAUCCACGCCGACCCCGACGCCGGCGUCGAGAGGCAGGUGCCCCCGCGACGCGCUGAAGCUGGGCGUGUGCGCCAACGUGCUGGGCCUCAUCAAGGCCAAGGUCGGCGUGCCCCCCACGGAGCCCUGCUGCCCGCUGCUUGAAGGGCUCGUCGACCUUGAGGCCGCCUUGUGCCUCUGCACCGCCAUCAAGGGCAACAUCCUCGGCAUCAACCUCAACCUGCCCAUCGAUCUCAGCCUCAUCCUCAACCACUGCGGCAAGAGCGUGCCCACCGGCUUCAAGUGCCUCUAAGCGCUGACCGUGGCGUUCGUGUCUGGCAUGCCAUGGCAUGGCAUGAGCAGAGCAUGCCGACGAGUUCUUUAAUUUGAUUUUCAUACGCAUGUAGCCGGUUUUACCACCUUUCGCUUGUCGGUGUUUCCUGUGUGCGUCGCUCAUGUCCCUGAACUAUUUGGAUCGGAUUACUAUUCUUUUAUUUGUAUCCGGCAAUCUGCUUGUACGAAUAAAGUUUAAAUUUCUUCCUAUUUUCUCUUA